AUGACCUCGGCAGAGACGAUCCAACUAGGAGACUAUCUCUUCACCCGUCUGCUCCAGCUAGGCGUCAACUCUGUCUUUGGUGUUCCAGGUGACUAUAACUUACGCUUGCUGGAUCACGUCGAGCCCUCAGGACUGCACUGGGUGGGCAACUGCAAUGAGCUCAACGCCGCGUAUGCCGCGGAUGGCUAUGCGCGCAUCAACGGACUAUCCGCGAUAGUCACCACAUUUGGCGUGGGUGAGCUCUCGGCUGCAAAUGGUAUCGCAGGCGCAUAUGCGGAGCGGUCCGCCGUGGUGCACAUCGUGGGCACCCCUCCGCGGCCACUGCAGAGCUCUCGGGCGUUGAUGCAUCACACAUUCUCCGAUGGCGAGUACCGCCGGUUUGCGGCCAUGGCAAUCCACAUCACUGCGGCGCAGAUGAAUGUCACAGAUGCCAUGUCGGCACCGGACAAGAUCGACUGGAUCUUGCAGCAGGCGCUGAUUCACUGUCGGCCGGUGUACCUGGAGAUCCCCGAUGACAUGAGCGAGACCCUAAUUUCGGCGGCCAACUUGAAAACGCCUAUUAGGGUCCCCACGGCGCCGAGCCCCGCUCAUGAAUCCAAAGUAAUCACCCAGAUUCUCGACCGGUUAUACUCUGCUCAGAGGCCCUUGAUCCUCGUUGACGGUGAAAGCCGAGCCCUGGGCAUCCUCGACCAGUUGGACCAGCUCAUUCAAACAAGCAACUGGCCUACAUGGACAACGGUAUACGGCAAGGGGCUCGUCAAUGAACACCAUCCGAAUGUCUACGGCCUAUACGCCGCAGCGUACGGCGACAAGCCCUCCCAGGAGUACUUCGAAUCCGCCGAUCUCAUCUUGACCUUCGGUCCGCACUACAGCGACACAAACACCUACUUCUGGACGACCGUUCCCAAGCCCGCCGCAGCCAUUCAAUUCAAAGACAGCACCAUCCAAAUCGAAGACACCAUAUACCGCGACAUAUCCCCCAGCACAGUCCUCACUCAGAUCCUCCAAACCCUCGACGCCACGCGGCUCGUCCAAGCCCUCGGCCCAGCUAAGCCCGAACCAGCCAGCACAUCCAAUAUCCAAGACUCGGACAUCAUCGCCCAGCACAACUUCUACCCGCUCCUCAACCCCCUCUUCAAAGACGGCGACAUCAUCCUCACCGAAACCGGCACAGCCGCCUACGGCGGCCGCACUUUCAAACUCCCUCCGCAAUCACGCCUCUUCGGCGCCGUCACCUGGCUUUCCAUCGGCUUCAUGCUCCCCGCCACACUGGGCGCCGCCCUCGCAAAGCGAGAACUCAAUCAACCCACCGGUACCAAGAACCAGACCGUUCUCAUCAUCGGCGACGGUAGUCUUCAAAUGACAGCCCAGGAGAUCAGCGUCAUGAUCAAGAAGAAAUUGGACAUUCUCAUCUUCAUCGUCAACAACGAAGGGUAUACCAUUGAGCGCGUGAUUCACGGCCGGAACCAAGGCUACAACGAUGUGCCCUUCUGGCGACACACCCAGGCUCUAAACUACUUUGGAGCGGACGAUGAACAGGUCAAGAAUAGCACGUUCCAGGCUUGGACGUGUGGCGAGUUGAAGGAGAUUCUGAAGAACGAGCGCGUGCACAGUGGGAGCGGCGUGCGAAUUGUAGAGGUCUUCAUGGAACGGGAAGAUGUGCAGGGCCCGUUGCUGUAUUUGCUCAAUAAGCAAAAGGCAGAGGAGCGGGAGCAGCUGCAGAAAUAA